UCUGGCAACCCUGGCCGGAAGAAGCAAUGUGGCAGUACCGACGAUUUGUUGGCGUACCUAGCAAAGUCCUAGCUAGCUCAUCAAGUAAACCACAUAAAGUCUAUAGAACAGUGAAUCAUGGAAACAUUAGCAAAUUCAUCCACGUUGUGUUUUGAUAAACACCAGUUUAUGAAGGAAGAUUUUGAUGUUGAUGAAUUCGUUGCUGAUUGUCGUCGUCGGGUACAACUAGAGCAACUUAGAGAAGAUCUUGAUGUCUACUUUCGGUCAUUAAAGAAUGCUAUGGUGGAAUUGAUAAACAAGGACUAUGCAGACUUUGUGAAUCUUUCUUCAAAUUUGGUUGGAAUGGACAAAGCAAUCAAUAGUCUAGCGAUACCUUUAGGGCAACUGCGGGAAGAAGUGUUGAGUGUUAAGUCAGUAAUGGAGGAUGCAGAGAAAGCUGUACAGCAGAAGUUAUUAGCAAGAGCUAAGAUCAGAGAAAAGAAGGCAUGUUUGCAGAGACUAAUCAACAUCAACAAAUCCGUUGAAAAAAUGGAAGUUAUUCUUGGCAUUCGUGGAUCUGCUGAAGGAAUUGAAAAUGAUGACGGAGAAAUCGAGUUGACUGGGCAGCAGAUUGAGAGAGUAGCUUCUGAAUUUAAUCAACUGCAGUACUAUGUAACGCAGAGUAAAGGCUUGCCUCUUGUUGAAAAGAUCAGACCAAGAAUUGCGGCUAUUACAGUCACAUUGCAACACAGUCUGGAGCGUAUGUUCAAAGAAAGUUUGGAGACAGGAAAUGUUGAUAUGCUACGGCAGUGUCUACGCACAUAUGGAACGAUUGAUAAGAUGCGUGAUGCAGAGGCACUAUUCCGCAAGGUGUCUGUAAGCCCAUAUAUGGCAGAGGUUAUUAGUGAACGAUUUAUACAGACAAACCCACAGGGACUGAAGGGCCUGUUCAGCAAAGUAAUGGAGUUCAUUCCUAAGAGCUGUGGUCUUAUACGAGAAGUCACAUCACCCUUGUUCAGUUCAGGAAGUGAAAAGGUAGUCGGCGGAUACAACUUCAUGGUGAAUGCUGUUUGGCCGGAAAUUGUUAGCAGCCUUGAAAAUCGUGUGGCAUCUAUCUUCGCUCCUGGCAAUCCUGAUGCCUUCCAUCAGAAAUACCUGAUAAGCAUGGAGUUUGUUGAUCAGUUUGAAAGAGAGUGUGGCUCUCAAACCAGCGUUAAGCAUCUACGAGCUCAUCCAAGCUACAACACAUUCAUGUCUAAAUGGAGUCUGCCUGUCUAUUUCCAAAUAAGAUUUCAAGAAAUUGCUGGUUCAGUUGAGAUGGCUCUGAUGGCCCCUUUCAAUGCAUCUACAGGUGAGUCAUGUUUCAAGCUUGCAGCAUUUGAUGCUAUUUGGCACGCUCUACAGUGUUGCUGGCAAGACCAGGUCUACCUAACCCCCUUAGCCCAUCGCUUCUGGAAGCUAACACUGCAGAUCAUUUUACGAUGUACUACUUGGAUUGCUGAGGUGCAUGAAAAUGAGGUAGCUGGCAAAACCUCAAAUAUCGAUGACCAACCACCAUCUAGUGAUGGUGACAAGACAACGGAAGAUAAAUCACCCCCGGUUACCAUGGCACAGAUAGUAUUCCUGAUUGGAGAUGUUGAUAAAUUGUAUCAGCAGCUGCCUUCAUUGCUCACAGACUAUAUUGAGCCAAGGUUAACGAGUAUUUGUAAAGACACUUCAUUUUUAACCGAAUCAUUUGAAGAGGCAAGGAGUAGACUAAUUGAGCGACAAGGAUCCUUCAAUGAGUUUAUUGUGAAAGAAGUUUGUGGGCUGUGUUCUGUACAUCUUAAGUCAGCCAAUGACAUCCCACGAUUGUACAGGAGGACCAAUAGGGAGGUUCCAUCCAAACCCUCUAGCUACAUACACAAUACUAUGAAACCACUCGAGCUAUUCAUACAGGAGCAUGGACAGGUUUUAGAGGCAUCCAGACAGCAACAACUGUUGGCAGGCAUAUUUACACAAAUUGUUCAAGAGUACAACACUGUGUCAUCAGAUCUGUUGACAUCUGUAAAGAAGAUGGAGGACAGUUUGAAGCGACUCAAGAUGAUGCGCAAGAGCGAUGUCGGACUUCCUCAGAGCAGCCAAGGGUUAAGUGACGAUGAUAAGAUAAGACUACAAUUGGCCAUUGAUGUCAGGAAAUUUGGCGAGCAGAUCUCAAGUCUUGGUGUUGAGAAACAACAGGUCAAAGGUUAUGAAGAUCUGAGUAGCCUUGUAGAAUCUUCUGUCAAGAAACCUGCUGAAGAACUGUAAACAUAAUUAAAUUAAGAUUCUUGUAAUCAAAGUUAUGUAAUUCAUAACCUGGAUUUAAAUAAAUUUAUUUAAUCAAUAUUAGUAUCCUUUUUUUAAUUAUUUUAGUUGCAUUUAAAUGUAAUCAUGGUCUUUACUUCAAGUAAUAAAUCAUUUUAUUUCCAUGUACAAUUUGUAUAUAAUUCACAUUAUAUAAGAAAAUGCUUCUAUUUAAGUAGAAGUCACCACAUUAUUCCUGUAUAUCAAUUUCAGAAAAAUAUACAUUAAUGUUAUAUUUUGAUUGACUAAAAAGGCAGAAUGUUAUAUAUUCAAUAUCAGGUUAUUAGUUUAAAUUAAAAAAAUUAAUUGACAGUAAUGUUAUAAUUUUAUUAUUCAAUAUUAACUGUAUGGACUCAACAAUUCUUAAUUAGGUAAGUCUGAAGUUGUUGAUCAUUGUUCAAUUACCACAAAAGCUUUAUGAUUUUUCUGGGUCGGAUCCAAAGAAAAAUGCAGGGAGGGCGUCAUACAACUGAUAUGCUAAGGAGGUAGAGCAUUGUUCAACUUUAAACACAUUAUACUAUUAACCCAGUUUGGGCUGAUUAUCAAACACUUCAUUUGGUAUAUUUAGAGGAAGACAUUUACUUUGUGGUUGCUGACUAAUAAUCUACUUUUUUUUUUGGUAAUAAAUUAUUUUUUGGCAAGUUGGUUUA